AUGGGGAAAGCAGUGCAGUGGCCACCGAAAUCCAGUAAACCCGAAUCAAAGAAGGAUCCCUCAAAAUGGUGUGAUUUCCAUGCCGACAUCGGUCACACCACCAACCAGUGUGUAGCAUUAAGAAGAGAAGUGGCCUACUUACUGAAGAACGGAUACCUCAAAGACGUCAUGUCAGACAAAGCUCGUGGCGUCGUCAACAAAGACAACUCCAACUCUCCUUCUCGACCUCCUCCACCUCCUCCUCAUACUAAAACUGUAAAUUUUAUUGUUGGAGGUUCUAACAUUUGUGGUUUGACUUAUUCUGCAGCGAAUAGGCACGCUCGAGAAAAUGAGAUAGACAGACCAGCCCGAGCCGUAGCCGCAAAUUAUCUAACCCCUAUAUCUUUUGAUGAAUCUGACGCAGGGGAUAAACAUCACGACGGUCUGGUAAUAUCCAUCCCUGUCGGGAACUGCAUGAUCAAACAAGUCCUAGUCGACAACCGUAGCUCCACCAACGUCAUGAUGCUCGACGCCCUCAAAGAGAUGGGGCUCAACCCAGAUAUAGAUGUCGUCAAAAAAUCCACUGUGUUGAUAGGAUUCAGCGGCGAGGCGAAGACCACCUUUGGAGAAGUCACCCUACCUAUUUACGCCCAAGGGAUCAACCAGCAGGUAAAGUUUUGUGUUAUUGAUUGUCCCUCGUGUUACAACACUAUCUUGGGCAGGCCCUGGAUUCACGGCAUAAAGGUCAUCCCAUCGACAUACCAUCAAACCAUCAAAUUCCCAACUCGAUGGGGGGUUCAAGAAAUCAAAGGGGAUCAGCAAGAAUCCAAAGAAUGUUAUAAGGCAGCUUUAAAGCCCUCAGCCACCAAUAAAUCCUCUUUAUAG